GCUGUCAAAACACAAAAAGCGGGAUCUUUGGCAAAGCCUUUCGCAAAGUAUGUAGGGCACGUCCUCUUGGCAUGCAUCGACUCUAUGAACGACGACUCGAUGUGUAUCCUGACACCAGAGAUACGAUGGGAACUCGAGCCUGGCCUAUCUUCAUUAUGUGAGAUGCUCGGCGAGUACAAUCGAGAUGCCUUGAUAGUCUCUGUACUUGAUUCCGGCGGCAAGACUUUCAUGAAGUUGCUCUGGAGGGAGUAUGAGGAGCAGCGAUAUGUGGGGAAGGGGUAA